CCCACCCUUGCCGCGCAUGCUCAGUGCCGCUCCUCUCCCCGCCCCUGGGCGGGCGCGCAUGCGCGGUGGGGCCCGGGGGUUGCAGCAGCUCCAGCGCGGCGGCGGUUCGGGCUUCGGGGCUCGCGGGCGCGGGGAGAGGCGAUGGCCGACGACCUGGACUUCGAGACGGGCGACGCGGGGGCCUCGGCCACGUUCCCCAUGCAGUGCUCGGCGCUGCGCAAGAACGGCUUCGUGGUGCUCAAGGGCCGCCCCUGCAAGAUCGUGGAGAUGAGCACCUCCAAAACGGGCAAGCACGGCCACGCCAAGGUGCACCUGGUGGGCAUCGACAUCUUCACGGGCAAGAAGUACGAGGACAUCUGUCCGUCCACCCACAACAUGGAUGUACCCAACAUCAAACGGAACGACUUCCAGCUCAUCGGCAUCCAGGACGGGUACCUGUCGCUGCUCCAGGACAGCGGGGAGGUGCGGGAGGAUCUGCGGCUGCCGGAGGGGGAGCUGGGCCGGGAGAUCGAGCAGAAAUACGACUGCGGCGAGGAGAUCCUGAUCACGGUGCUGUCGGCGAUGACCGAGGAAGCCGCUGUCGCGAUCAAAGCCAUGGCCAAAUAGGGCAGGCGGCGCCGCCGGGGUCGGGCCGGGCCCCUCCCCCUUUUCACCCCCCCCUGCGGUGGGGGAGGGGCGCCCCUCCAGGGAGGGGGAGGGGUGGCCCCAGGCUCCUCCCCCUUCUCUCUCUUGGCUCCUCCCCUUUUUUUGCCCCUCCUCCUUUUUCGCCCCCCCCCACCUCGUUGGGGCCUCGCCGGAUGGGAAAUAAAUAAAUAAAUAAAUAAAUAAUUAAAGGG